CAGAGGGAGAACCAUUGAGUCUGUUUCUUUCAAUCCUCUUGUUUCGUUGAACAGGCAGCUUGAUUAUAAUUUUAUUUUUUUAACAUCUUGCAGUGGAUACAUUCACAAAUCUGAGCAACAGAGUAAAAAGCUUUACGGAAAACAAGACAAAAAACAAAGGUCAUCUCAAGAAAAUCAACAGCAUGGGUGUCCGGGCCACACUCGCCGUCCUCCUGCUGUUCAUAGCCACCGUCGAAGCAGAUGACGGAAAAGGAGGGGUAGAAUUCUGGAGAGAAGAAUUCACAAUGACCUGUCCACAAGCCGGGACUUGGUACAAUAAAAAAGGAGAAUUGCCGAAAACUGGGGAAAAUGAGAAAGAAGAAAAGUAUAAACUCACAUAUGAUGGCAAAAACAGAGGCUCAUUCUACUGUGAAUAUGAUGAUGACAAAACAAAAUAUUAUUUCUACGUGAAAGGAAAGGCAUGUAAAAACUGUUUCGAGCUGGACACAUGGUUGUUUGGGCUGGCCAUUGUUGUGGACGUGUUGGGGACGGCCGGUUUGAUGAUCUUUAUCUUCAGUUGCACCAAGAAGAAAAGCUCAGCUCAACCUUCUCACACUUCCAAAGCACCUGCUCGUUCAGGAGGCCGGGGUCCACCUGUCCCAAAUCCUGACUAUGAGACACUGAACAUGCAAAAUCGCGCCCAGGAUCAUUACUCCUUCUUGAACAGGACAGGACAGUGACAAGCCACCUGACAUGAACAUCAGUCAUGCUCCAGGUCGCAUGCAAACACUGGCUUUUGCUCUCUUGGAUUUAAAGGGUUGCUUAACCCAAAUGGCAUCGAAAAAAGAACUCAGUUACCCCUGGUAUUACUUAGCCAGGUAGUGUCGUUUUCAUUUGUCCAGGUCGUCUGCCACCGCUGUGAUUCAUUACAGGUAAUGGCAUUUAGUUAAUAGAAGCAGUACAGCAAAGGGUUAACCUGUCUCUGCGAGGACAAAAAACAUUGGGAACUGCUUUAGACUGUUUUAGAUUUAAUCUUUUAAUAGUGUGAGUACUACAAACAAAUUCUCAUCCAUGUCAGUGGUGUGGAGGCAGAAAUCUCGGAGACAGAUAUCUGGACAAAUAAAUGCAAAACUAUCUGCAUGGCUAGAUACCAUGAGAGGUUAAAGGAAUACUUCACCCACAAAAUGACCAUUUGCAUAUCAGUUAUAGUCGCUGCAUGUUACCUUGAAGUGGUUGAGAAAACAUUGUUUUUCUUGCAUGCCUCCGAGGUGAGCGGAGAAUCCACAACUUUGAACAUUCUUCAUGAAUUGAGGUAAAUGGGGACCUGGUUUCACAACAGCAAGACUAUAUCGCACAAGGGUCCAUGUCAUUGGUUCAACAGCCCAUUGGUUCGACAUCCCAUUAGUCGGACUGUCCGCGGUUGCGGCGGGCGUAUGGUGCACCGCGACCGGCUUGAGGUGGAGCAGGCUCACAGCUUAUGUGUUUGUCACUUUCCUUUUCAUUUUAACCCACACCAUGAUCUUUUCCUGACCCUAACCAAGUGGUUUUUGUGCCUAAACCUAACCAGACCUUAACCACAGGGCAUCAUGAUGAUUUCGGAACGGACUUCGGAACAAUGAGUUUAAUAUGGUCGGAACAAUGGGAUGUCGAACCAAUGGGCUGUCGAACCAAUGGGCAGUUCCCAUCGCACAACUGGUGCAGUAGAAUCAAGCGGCAACCUCCGAGGCUAAAAAAAAUGAAGCCAUCGCUUAAGCGCCAACAACUGCAGUUCCUUAAAUGGCCACUUGAGGCUGGCUCCAGAAGCCAGUCAAUCGUCAUAGACACCAAUGUUAAAAUGCCCGACUUCACAGCAGAAAAACAUGUUUACAGCCUCGUACUAAAAUAUGUUUUAGUCUCUAAAGCAAAUUUCCCCUGUUCAUGACAACUGUACAGGGGGUGAACUUUUAUAUAACUCACCCGUUAAAUUUUAUUAAGGCUUAAAGUUACCCAUUAUUAAAGAUAGGUAACUUUGACACAUUGUCCUCUUGUCCAAAUAUGGUCACAUCUAGCUGCAAAAAGCCAAGAUGUGGAUGGCUGAAAUGCCGAACUUGAGGCUUCAAAACCAAUGGGUGACAUCACGUUAGCUAGGUCCAUUAAUUUAUUGAGUAUAAUCCAAGUCUCAUUUAUCUAGUCGAUGCUCAGUAUUUCCCAAACACAUGCAUUUUCAAUAAAUGCAUGUGUUUCAACUCUGCUCAAGCGUAGCUCAUAUACAUGGUAUCCUCAGACAUGCUCAGGGCGUGCUACUCAUUGGUGGAAGUGUUUCAUAUUGAUUUACAUUUUAGCAUAAAUGUGUAAAUGCGUUUGGGAAGUACUGAGCAUACGACUGGAUAAAUGAGACUUGGAUAAUACUGCACACAAGUCGUGUGAGAGUAUGAAACUGAUGUUUUGAUAGUUAGCUGAUGUUAAACGUGGUCGCCAAUGACUUUAAUCACGAAGAAUGUUCACACUUUUUGGAUUCUUGGUUCACCAUGGAGGAAUACAAGAAAAACAAUGUUGUCUUCACAAAUUCAACAUAACACAGGGUGAGUAGUUGUUAAACAAAUGCUAAUUUUGCAGAUGAAGUAUCCUUUUGAGUGAGAAAACAUGGGGGCAGUUUAAUAAACAUAAUGUACAUACAAUGUCCUUUUUUGUUGUCGUGGUGUUACUUAUGUUUUAGUGCUGAGGUCAUAGUUAGUAUAAUUCUUUUUUUUAUAAAUAUUUUUUAAAUAAUCUGCUCCUCUCAUGUGUGUUAAUAAGAGAAACAUUUCUCAGUAUAAUGCAGUCUAGUACAACAGCACAGGACUCGAGGCACAUGACUUGACUCAAGUGGCAAAUUUGAGGACUUGAGACUUGCUUUGCUGGCACUGAUGAAAGACUUUGGUGUGCAUGACUUGAGACAGAUGACUUGAAAGGACUUGACUUUUUUUAUUUAAUAUUUGUAUUUUUCUAGACAUUUGGAAGUUACAUUUUGUGUUUAAAAUAUGAUGACGCACAUGUCGCAGCGGGAGAUGAAAAUGUAUUUUCUUUAGUUCAAUGACUGGCUCAUAGUUCCAGCUGUACUUGUAUAUUUUUAUAAGUUUCGAGUGCAAAAUCCUAAUUUGUAAAGUAACUAGAAACUAAAGCUGUCAGAUAAAUGUAGUGGAGUAGAGGUAGGCGAUGUUACGAGAAGAAAAGACUCAGAUUUGCACUUGCAGUACCUGAGUAAAUGUAUUUAGUUACAUUCCACCACUGGGUGCAGCUUAUAGUGAAUAUGACUUGACUUGUGACUUGCUUGACCUGACCAAUGACUUGACUUGACUUGCUUAAUUUUCACCACAGUGACUCAGGACUUGCUUGAGACUCUGCCUCUAACUAUGGCCUUACUAAUGACCAUGAAUAAAUUUAUGCAGCUGCUGUAUUGGGUCACAGCAGAUUGUAUAGGUGUAUAGGUGUUUUUUUUGGUGGUGUACUGACCCUUUAUAUAAAAGAGAAUCAUCUAAUUUACAGUCAUGUAUAAAAAUCAUAUUGUCAUUUGAAAUAGAGAGAUACCGGUCUACCUGUUUUCUGUACAUAUAUGUCGAUGUUAUUGUUAGUUCUGACCUUGUUAGAAGAGCAGCUGUUUGUCAGAUGUGUAAAAUGUUACCACACAAGCUUAUUUUGUUCAUCGCAUCAACUCGCUUCCUGUCCAUUUUUAUUUUAUUUUUUUUUUUUUGCUUUUUCAUUUUAAUCUGCAGCGCUCAUCUUCUUGUUACUGUAUUGGACAAGCGUGUCACUAAUGAAUAAACCACAGUCAACUCUG